UGACAAAAUUUAUUUAAUUUUUGCCAAGGCUCUACAUUUGUCAGUGUUGUAGAAAGGAUAAGACUUGCAUGUGAAAUGAUUUAAACAAGAUUUUCUAAAGCUUGGUUUUCUGUAAUUAGGCCACAAGAAAAACGUACUCCAGCAUAAUAGAAUGGCUCACAGCUACUUUUGCAUAUAUACUUUAAUAUUUAGGCUUGGGUAAAAUCAUUUUAAAUAACAUAUUAAAAUAUGUUUGGGGAGACAACCCAGCAAUUGCACAGUCCACUAGAAAAUUUUACCAUCUAGGCAGUAUAACUGUUUUAGGGUCUGAAAGUUCUCCUUCAGCUGUUCCACAGCUUCUUUAUCAACUAGGCAAAUACAUUUAAGCUUUUAAAUUUCAUAAUGUCGAUAGUUUUUAAAAGGCACAAGGAGGUUCACUUAAUAUUAAAUAUGUAACAUUUACUUUAUAUUUCAUGACCAGAACCUUUUUGGCAAGUGACUUUCACAUAGAUUAUGAGAUUCUCUACAUGCCUUUAAAUAAAAUAAAUCUGGCAGCUCUUAACUCAUACCUACAUUCUCCGGACAAUUGUCUUGCUCUCUGUUGGGGGACCAGGGGCACAGCAGCCAAGGCCCUAACAGGCUUGCUGACCUAAUUGGACCGUUUGUUAAAUAGCAGGAAAUGUAACCAGGCUUCUCUCUCUCUUGCAUGUCAAUGUAGUGAACAGUGCUAAUAGCCAGAGAUUGUGCAAUUUAGUCACAAUAUUUUAAGUCAAAAUUCAGUGUUCUUAGAUCAAAAGAUACGAAAGAAAGCCAUCCCUGUUCUUUGAAUUAUAAGAGCACAGAGGUUGCAAUGAUCAGAACCAACUGGUUAAAAGCCGAAAUGCAUCCUUUCAGUAUUGAUUUGACAGAUGCCAACAAGCAUUCAAAAAUUUAGAGUUAAUUUCCUGGUGACAGGUAUAAAACUGAUCAGACUUGUUUCAACUGUAUCAUAAACAAACUUCACAAAUUGGAGAUCUAGUCCUUCUUGGCUUUUUUUCCCCUACACCUUAAUUCUAGCACCUGUUGUCAGACCACUGUUGAGCACCAAAAGAACUCAGCCCGGAGUUCUUUGGAGUUUUAAGCGAUUGCCUAACUCAGCAGGGGACAGUGGUCUUGACUUACUGGUUGAUAGUUUAAAAACAUAAAAGAAUUUAAUAUUUUAAAGCUGACAAACUAGAAAAUGUUAGAAACUAUCUGAAGGCACAAAGUAUAAAGUUGGUGGGUACCUGAUAAAACGUGAUGUAUGUAAAUACAACUCAAAACAAUUUAAAAGUAUAAGUAUUUGUCAAUUAUUUUUCCUCCAGUGCUCUGGCUAUUGCUGAAAACACCUUCUAGUUCCACCUUGUAACUGGAGUCCCAAAAGAUGAAUGCUGACAUCUUCUGAUGCUUAACAAGAAAUAAAAAGUCACCUUAAUCAUCAAAAAGUUCCGGUGGUGAGGAGACCUUUCCAAAUAUAAGAGGAAUAAAGAAGUCACCUCCCCAGCUGUCAUCAUCUUCCAGCAGAUUGAGCAAGAAUAUUUUGAGCACUACAGGAAAGACAGUCCAUCAAACCCUAUAUGAUGAUCAGCCAUGUGAUUUUUUCAAGAAGAGGAAUAGGGUAAAUGAAUCUCAUCAGAAAAGCAGUUUUGUUUUCUCAUAGCAAUAUGAAUGCUGGCCCAUCUUGGAAUAAAGUGCAACAUUCAAAGAAUUCUUCAGGAAAAAGGCAGAGUAAAUCCCAAGUACCCCACGCUGCUUCUCAGCUGAGAAGCAGCCUCACAGCUGUCACCCAGCCAACUGAAGAAAAACUUAAAGAAAGCAUUGCCCCGGAAGCAAGACGCAAAAGGAAUCCACUCGGUUCCAGGUGUCAGGGGGCCUCAGGGAAUAAAUUGUUUCUUGAUUUUCAGUCAAUGAAAAUUAUUAAAGAGGAUGCUGAUGAGGACAGUGCAAGUGAUCUCUCUGAUUCGGAAAGAAUUCCCAUUCCUCCUUCUCCCCUCACACCUCCAGAUCUCAAUCUUCGAGCUGAAGAAAUUGAUCCAGUUUACUUUGAUCUUCACCCUGGUCAGGGCCAUACAAAGCCUGAGUACUAUUAUCCUGAUUUCCUUCCACCCCCUUUCAGCUCCUGGGACUUACGAGACAUGGCCCUGCUUCUGAACGCAGAGAACAAAAUGGAAGCUGUGCCCCGAGUGGGAGGACUUCUUGGGAAGUAUAUUGAUAGACUUAUUCAGCUUGAGUGGCUACAGGUCCAGACUGUACAGUGUGAAAAAGCAAAGGGGGCCAAAGCAAGGCCCCUCACUGCCCCUGGGACCUCAGGGGCACUGAAAAGCCCUGGGAGAAGUAAGCUAAUUGCGAGUGCUCUGUCCAAGCCACUACCUCACCAGGAAGGGGCAUCAAAGUCAGGCCCUUCCCGAAAGAAAGCUUUUCACCAUGAAGAAAUCCACCCAUCACAUUAUGCAUUUGAGACUGCCCCCAGACCCACUGAUGUGCUUGCUGGUACCAGGUUUUGUUCUCAGAGGCAAACCCUUGAAAUGAGGACAGAAGAAAAGAAAAAGAAAUCCAGUAAGAGUACGAAGCUGCAACGUUGGGAUCUGUCCUGCAGUGAAAGCAGCUCUAAGGUGGAAACCAACGGUAACAUUCGAAUUCCCAAACAGGCAGCUGUGAUUCUGGACUCAGCAGAUUCCUGUAAAGCCUCCAAAACACAAGCACAUGCACAUCCUAGGAAAAAGGGAAAGGCAGAGAGCUGUGGUCAUGCCACUGUAUCGAGUGAGAAAAAACUGAAAACAAAUGGAGUAAAGCAAAACACAUAUAAACUAAAAUAAAUACCUACAAUGAUGAAUUGCCAAGACCUGCAGGUACCUCAAUAUUAGAGUUCUUCCAAAAGUAAAAAUACUGUGAAUUUUAAGGAAUUUUACAAUUACUGACAUUUAAGUAGUUGAUUGGCACUUUUGUCCACCUUUAUUUCUACCCCUAGUGGGGAUAUUUUCAAAGAGAGGUGUCUUUCAAUAAGCCUUUCUUUGUGUUGUCAGUCUUAGGCAAAUGAGAGCCCUUCAGAUAAAAAUUACCUAAAACAUGUGCCAUAUAAAGGAAUAAGAUGGCACCUCUCCAGGGAAAGUACGGGCGAAACCUGGGCUACAGUAGCCGGCCUUUGUAGAGCAGAUAGUGGUGUUCUCUCUCCAUUUUCACACGCACAUAAGUAUAUAAAAGAGUGCAGACUGUUUCAAAUGGUGUGGAAUCCUAAAUGUUUAAAAUAAGGCUCUUCUUGCCCACUCCCUCUCUUACUUUUUUAUAAACUCCUCAAGCAAAAUUUCUGUUCAUUUUACCCUUAGGAGAAGCUUUAGUUCUUCCUCAAGUUAGGGAGUAGUGAGUUUGUAUUUUGAGUAGUAAUUUAUCACUAAGCUGGUUGCUCUUUAGAGACAGUGGAAUCUAGUACUUUAAUACAUUUUCUCUGACUGUUUUUUUUUUUUUUUUUUUUUUUUUUGGUGAGGGUGGCAUUUUAAACUUAGAGGUGGUAGUAAAACCCACUUUGGAGUUCUCUGAACUGAGGUUAAAAUAAUUUGCAGAAUUUUCCAAAGUCAAUGGGCUUAGCAUGAUUACUGCUGUUUGGUGGGGCUGAGAAUGAAAUAUUUGACACUCUGGAAUUGCUGGCAUGUAAGGCUUCUCCAGAGAGGCACCACAGGGAAAUGACUCUUAACAAUUUGUAAAGGAAGGGCCAUAAAAGGAUCAAAACAUAUGGACCUAACAUUCAAUGUAAUAGUUACAAAGUUACUGAUUUGGGUUCCACACCCUGUGGUCCUUAGUCAAAAAUAAUGAUCUGUUUCAUUUUGCAAGAGCAGGAUUUUAUUAUUUUGCUUGGGGUGAGGGGCGGAGAGUAGAAUAUGAAUAAGGUUGCUGAAUGAAUUCUAAACUCCCUUAUCUGGUCUUCAGGCUUCCCAACUCUCUCCAACCCUUCUUAUUUAACUGCAGUUGAAUAACAUCUUCUUGUUCCUAUAGUUGUGCUGUGAGCUUUCUGUUUAUAUUUGUGCAGUGUAUUUUAAUACUGCCCAUGUCGUUAUAGUUGAUUUUAUCCCUUUAAACAAUUAUUGUAUUUGUUUUUGACGUAGAGGUUUCAAUUUUUUCACCUUUGGGGCAAAUGAAAAACUUGGCAUUUUUCAUUUGGGAAUAUAUAAUAGCUUGUAAACUUUUCAGACAGCAGUAAAUGUCUGAAAAAAUAUCAAAAACAGCAUAAAGACAAGAUUAUGUAGCUAUAAUUAUAUGUAUAUAAUUAUAAAAAGCAAUGUGCAAAGGUUACAUUUUAAGGUCUUUCAAAAUCUGAUUUUAAUCAUACCAAAUGACAUAAAACUUUUUAUGGGAGGCUUUUUCUUUCAGGACUUAAUUUUUAGACUUGUACAAGUUCCUUCUUACAUUCUUUCCCUCUCACGCCAUCCUACUGGAGAAAGCUUACUUUUACACUCAGAUCGUACUUUAAGCUUUUUAUGUGAACAAAAGAUGUACAUAUGGUAAGCAUUACUUCCGUAGUCCUCAAGUAUACUAUAACUUUUGUACUUAGUAUGUGUUUUAUAUUUGGAAAACAUCACUACUCUUAGUUUUCGUGUAGUUCCUGAGUGGUGUCUGUGUGUUCCUUGCCUGCCCUAUUUUGUGAGCACAGAUUAUUGUUAUCCAUGGCUGGCAUUUCACUUACGAUCCUUUCUCUGCUAGAUUUUUAUGCAGCUCUCUAUGAAGUUUCAUGGCCAAUAGAUAUUGAAAAGCAUGAUAUUCUAUACAUAAGUGUAUAUGUAUAUAUACUCCUUAUAUUAAUACUAAAGGGUUUAUGCUGAGUUGCUGCCUUUCUCUGUAAUGUAUCCACAUGCAUGCUCUUAGAGACCUUGAAUGGUUGAGGGUAAAGUGAUUUAUUAGUAAUUCUACUUGCCUUGUGUAUGUCUGAGCUGAAGACAAUCAUGAUUAAGAAAUUUAGAGGUGGCUGGGCACGGUGGCUCAUGCCUGUAAUCCCAGCACUUUGGGAGGCGGAGACGGGUGGAUCACCUGAGGUGGGGAGUUCGAGACCAGCCUGACCAACAUGGAGAAACCCCAUCUCUACUAAAAAUACAAAAUUAUCCAGGCAUGGUGGCACUUUCCUGUAACCCAGCUACUCGGGAGGCGGAGGCAGGAGAAUCACUUGACCCCGGGUGGCGGACGUUGUGGUGAGCUAAGAUCGCGCCAUUGCACUCCAGCCUGGGCAACAAGAGUGAAACUCCAUUUCAAAAAAAAAGAAAUUUAGAAGUAAUGCCUCAUACUUCUAAAUUUCUCAGCUUUUUAAAUUAAGCUGGUUGCAUAAUCUGGGGAAGAGUCAGAAUUUCAUGUGUUAAACAGUUUUAAAAGCCUGCAAAAGUGACUUUGCUUGUUUACUUUCUGCCUCAGAUUGACUAUUUUAACCAGUAUUAUCACGACUAGAUCAUAGCUCCUAGUAAAUAACAUGAAGUGUGUUAAAGUUAGGUCUAUUACAGAAUUAACAUAAGCACAAUUUUAAUCUGAUACACCUAUCUAAUACAUCUUAAUGCACUAAAUGCUGCAGAUAAGAGUCUUGCUAUUUUUCAAGUAGACAACAUUGGAAAGUUGAAUCAUGAACUCAUUCAGUUCAUCAAAUCAAAAGCACUGAGUGUUUUGCUAGUCUAGUGACAUGGGUCAUUGUAUUUCCAAGAAGUGCCUCUCAUUUCUGGGGAGUUGUUUACAUAUACCCUGCAUUUAAACUAAUUAAAACAAGCCAAGUUUUUUUUUUUUUUUUUUUUUAAAGAACCAGAAAGAAAAAAAAAAAAAAAAUUCAGGCUUAGAAUUAUCUAAUGGAAAAAAAUGUAAAAAAGUACAAAAAUGGACUAAAAAGAUAUCAGUACUUGCAGUAUUUGCUAUGAUUAUUUAGGUUUAGACUUUCUCAACUUAAAUGACUAAAUGGGCUGAAGACUUGUAACUAACUUGAAUAGGGUAGACUUCAUACCCUGUGACAAAAAGGAUGGGGAAGAGAAUAUCAUUAGUCUUGCCAUAUACCUACUAGCUAAAAGGAAAAUGGUAUGUAGUUGUUCUUGGGCCUAUUGUGUUGCUUUUCAGAAGGACAUAAGACUUUCUACUUUAUCUGAUAUGGAUAUUGUCUACUUCCUCAUUCCUUUAUGCUCAUUUACUGAGUAGUCACAUAGAAAUGUAAAACUCUUGGUGGUACUGUAUUUUAAGGUAAUUCAGAAGCAGUAUUUAUUAUUUAUGUAUGUACAUGUACAGGACACCAUUCAAAAUGGCCUGAAAAUAUUCAGCAUGUUUGUUAUUUGCUGUUAUAUUGUAUGUUUAGUUUUGUAUGUGAUAAACAGAAUUCAUGUAAGUUUUUGUGGACUUGAAUUUCUCCUUCCUUGAGAUCAAUUAAACAGCAGAAAAAUAUUGUCUGGA